CAGGCAGCAGGAACCGCAGGAGCAGCAGCAGGAGCAGGAUGCGGCCAACAUUGGAGUAGAUUGCAGCGGAUGUGGUAGUAGCAGUAGCAGCUGCGGCAGCAGUGGCAAUGCGGAGGAGAGCCACAGUAGCACCGGCGGAGGGAGAGGCGGAGUUGGCAGUGGGGGAGGGUAUACCGCUGCUGAGAGGGCAGCAGCUCCCUCCUGCUCCUCACCCUGGUCGGGGCGGCAGCAGCGGGAGCACGACCAGCAGCAGCGGGAGCAGCAGCAGCGGGAGCAGUGUCCUUCUCCUUCAGGGAGUCAUGAGGUCGUGAAAGGCAGGGCGGUGGGCGUGAUGCCUCAGAUCGACCUGACCCCCACACUGGCGCUGCUGCUGGGGCUGCCCGUACCGUACGGCAACCUGGGGAAGAUCAACCGUCGGAUCUGGAACUUGGCGCAUGAAUGGACACGUGGUAAUGACAGUCGAAGGGGUGUGAUGAGCGGCACGGCUGCUGCUGAUGCUGGGGCAGAUUUGUCAUCAUCGUCGUACGGCAGCGGCGACUAUAUUGGCGAUCUGUCGUACAUAUCUGCCGUACGAGCCAAUGCCGUACAGGUGGGUCGUUACCUGCUGUCGUACGCCGCAAAGGGAGGUCUGCCAGCACAGGAGGUGGCGCAUGGCAGUCGGUUGCUUAGUACGGCCCAUGAGCAAUACCAACAGCUGCUAUCAUUGAUAUCAACGCUACAGCAGCAGCCAAAGGAACACCAGCAUAGCCACGAGGUGAAGGCGACAAUGCCUUCGGCGACUGAGGCGGCAGAUGCUUCGGUGACGAAGAAACUGGAGUCGAUGAAGGAGGAGGUUGCAGCGGCCUACUUGGCAUUUCUAGAUGCAGUUGGCGAGCUGGCGCGGCGCAAGUUCACGCGGUUCGAUCUGCGCACCCUAGUUGCCGGCUGCGUGUUGGCGGUGGGCUGUGUGGUGCUGCAUGGAUGGCUGCUUGCUGCUCGGCUGGCGCCGGGGUGGCGCCGGGGCGCAUGCGGGUGAGGGGGGAGGGCGGCGUGGGCUGCGCUGUGGCUCGCGUGUUGAGCGAUGUUAGGAAGAGCGCAAGGACUUGCGAUGUCACCUUGUUCGGAUGCCCCCGGAUUAAACCGUCCAUGUCCCUGUUACAAACAGGCCGUCACCGUUACACUUACUGCCCCCAUGUUUGCCUGCGCAGACCUGCGCCCCCGCGGCGACCACCCCUCAUCUCCCCCACGGUUGACGCCGGGUCUGCCCGGGUCUGGCGGGUGGCGGCGGUGGCGGCGCUGGCAUCUGUCGUACAUGCGUUUGGCCUCUUUAGCGCCAACUGGAUCCAAGGGGAGGGCCGGAUCCUGUCCUGGGGCCUGGCUGCUGCCGGGGUGCUGCUGUGGCUGCAUGGAGCGGUGCUGGGGGCGGCGACGACGGAGGCGGAGGUGGCGCCGGAAGCCACUCCGGCAGCGGGGGCUGAGGGGAACAACGUUUUCGCAGCUGCCGCGAUGUGUCUCGACGACGCCGGCGGCCGCGUCCCUGAGCAGCAGCGGCAGCAGCAGCGGCAACGGCCGGGGCAGCGACAGCAGCAGCAACAGCGGCGGCCUGCUGCGGUCCUGCCGCUGCUGGCGACCUCCUGCACUGCCGGCAGCGAAGGCGGCGGGGGCGGUUGUCCAAAUCGUGUAUUGGGGAUACCAGGGCUGCCUCAGCCGCUUGCAGCAAUGCAGUCACCGCCGCAAUGCGAAGCACAGGGCACCUUACAGGUGCAGCCACCACCGUCGCCACCACCACCGUCGGCGUCGCCGCCGCCGCCGCCGCAGCAGCAGCAGCGACACCAGCCCCCCUCACGGUCCCGGCGGCGGCGGCAGCUAAGGGUGCAGUCCUGGUCACCAGGGGUGGUGUUACUGGCAGUAGCACUGCUCUGCAACGCAGCCCUGCAGCACUACAGCCUCAUUGACCGCUGGGGCAGCGACCCACAUGAUAAGAGGCAGCUAGCGACUGCAGGCACCCCCUUACCUGCUGCACCGGUAGCUGCUGCUGCUGCUGCUGCUGCUAAGCAGCCGUCAGCAGCAGCGGCGGCGGCAGUAGAGCAGGCUGGAGCUGUGGAAUCACCCUCUGUCUCUUCAACCACCGCAACUCCUGAUGCUACAACUGCAAGUGCUGCUGCUGCUGCAAAUGUUUCCCUCGCCCUCGCAGCAGUUGAGACCCUGCUGCCGCUAGCGCUGCUGCCCCUGUUUCUGGCGGCUGUAAGACACUGGCUUGUACAACUGCACCCCUUUACAGCGACAGCUGCAGCAGAGGAGACCAGUGCAUGUCGUACAGGCAUGCACGCGGCGCCGUGCAAGCGGCAGUGGCAGCCGUGGCGAUGGCAGUUAUGGUGGUUAGGCGUUGCCCCGUAUCCGCUCAUUGCUGCUUGGUGGGCCCUACAGUUGCUACCGGGCGGAGGCAGCAGCGGUAGCGGCGGCGGUGGUGCUUCAGUGAGCUUGGAGGUCCUGGUUCGUACGGCAGUUUCCGUCACUAGGGAUUUGCGUCUGUCGCUGCUGCAGCUGCUGCCGUCGCCGCCGUCUCUGCUGCGUCAGCUGAUGACUGUCGUCAUUGCACCUUACUCAGCACCGUUACGGGUCGUACAGGCGUUAACUGGGGCCUUUGUUCGUACAGUCGUCAUGCAACGGGCGUACGAAUGGAUGGUCGCAUUCGUUGUGCGCAGUGACCUAUGGCGGUUGCCGUUACGGUUGCUGCUGCCACGAGUUGUGUACGGCAUAACGGUUACAGCUCUGCUACAGCUCGUCUUUGUACGAGUUGCACAUUCUGUAGGCGGCAUCACCCAACAAGCGCGAUUACGUCGGCGACGCUGUAAUGAACAUCGACCUCCGGUCACUCACGCAGGAGGUAGCCCUGAAGUAGCGGCCGCAGAUCGUGAUGUGGGGUCAUCAGUUCUGUCACUGCAAGCGGAUGUGGCGGAGGAAGCAACUUGUACGGCAUGCACUGCAGCUGCAACACCGACGGAGGCUGUAGCUGUAGCUGGUGAAAACGCUGCUAGCCCCGAUGUGGUGCCCUCACCGCUAUUACGGCGGCGGUUGCAGCUGCUAGAUGCAGGCCAUGCCUUAGUCUGCAAUUGUACGGCCAUUGUCGUACUGUUGCUGGGUCGUAAGGGCCCUGCCAUCAUGUUGCUGCUGUGGGCCCAUGGCACCGCCCUGCUAGGGCUGCUGCUGCAGCAGGCCCCGGCUGCAUGUCGCCCCAGCCACAGCUGCCAUGGUCACCACAGUCGCUGUGAAAUAGGUGGCGGGAAACAAGGAGCUGAUGAGGGGCCCGUCAUGUCUCCUUCGGCGCCGGUUGCUACGGCAGCGGCAGCUGAGGAAGGGGAACACAGUGCGGGCGAUGCUGGCACAAUGCAUGCUGGUACAGCGCUCACGGCUUUGUGGCGGUUAGAGCAGCCACCGCCACCGCCAGCAGCAGCAGCCGUGCAGGCGGCCCCGCUGGAGGCUGCUGCGGGGUGUCUGCUGGCGCUGCUCGGCUCGCACGCCUUCUUCCUGACUGGACACUUCUGCGAGUUUUCGGGGUUGCAGUACGAUUCGCCGUUUGUGGGAUUUGAGCGCAUGACCUGGCUGGUGACGCCCGCGCUGUUUGCGGCCAACUCCUUCGGCGGACUGUUGCUCAGCGCGCUGGCGCUGCCGCUGGUGGCGGAGGCGGUUGCGGCUGCUGCCGCUGCAGCCGGGACGGAGGCGGCGGCGGUAAUGGUGGCGGGUACCACAGCCACCUCGGCAGCAGCGUGGGACUCCUGCGACGGAAAUGGAGCGGUGUUGGAUCCAAGCAAGGGGGACAUGCGUAGGGAAACUGGCAACAGCGGCAGCGGAGGAGGUGUUGCCGGUGCUGGUGUUGCUGGCCCUGGCACUGCCGUUUCAGACACCCCAGCACCCUUUCACUCACCGUCCAUAACAUUCAUACCCUCCAUACCUCCCGCCGUCCAAUCUCACAGCAGCAGCAGCACAGGCGUGGUUGCCUUGUUGAGCUACUCCGCCGUACGAUCCCUCUGUCUCUGUACGACAAUCCUGUCAGCCGCCGUACAACGGCGCCAUGUGGUGGUGUGGGCGCUGUUCGGCCCCAAACUGGUGUUCGAGGUGGGGUUUGCGGCGGCGGGGACGGCGGCGCUGCUGCUGGUAGCCGGGCUGUGGCUACGAUGAGAGCUGUUUGACAGGGUGCGGUGCAGUGCAGUGCAGUGUGUCGCUAACACGGAUGUGAGGGCGCUAUGUGGUAUCUAACCUGUAUCUAUUUAUGAUGGAGAUGGAGAUGGAGAUGUAGUAAAAUUUAUUGGAUUCCUCCUCCUUUAGCGGUGGAGGUAUGGCCGUGAGGGCAACAUGGGGACACCACAUGUUGCCCUACCUUUGUGAAGACGGAAGCCAUGCAGCUGACUGCCGGUGGUUACUGUGUACCCUAUGCACGGGCUUGCGACAAGCUCUGGUGUGAUUGGAGGUAUGUUUCCCCGGUGCAACGGUGCACAACAGUCUGGGGCUGCGAAACACCGCCAUGCACGACGCCCCUGCUGUGCUCGGCCCCCAAUCCCGUACAAUACAACCGGCGAACAUCAGAGGCCAAUGCACCGGUUCUUGUCAGCUCUCAGCAGGCAACCGCAAAGCGCAAAGGCCGUGAUUCUUAU